UCUUCAUACAGCUGCUGCUUCUGUUGUUUCCAUGUUUCCAACUGUGAAAUGGAGGAUCCAAUCUGUUAUGGAGAAAAUGUCGACUUCAAAUAUUUCUCUGGUUCAAUUCUGGGCACCCAUCAAGGAAGCUCUGUCUAGAUACUUUGAUUCCAAUUGACGACUACACCGAAAUUCGAUUUGGCCCAAUUGAACGAGUUUACACAAGAUGCUUGCCAGAAUAUAUCCCCGACGUCUCAAGUUACUCCCCUGCAGAGUUUCCACUGCUCGAACUUGCAAUUCGCUUGGGAAUUCAUUCUUAUUAUGCAGUUCCAGUGUUCAACAACUAUGACCAGCAGUACCGUGGUGUACUUGAGAUUGUAUCUACACAACCAUCUCUCCAUCUUUCCCAUCUUAUUACGGGGUUGAAAAUCUAUUCAUUUCAGUUGUAUAGCAUUUGUAAUUCAAAGGACAUGCUUUUUGGACUUUUAGAGCCGCCUGUUGAUGAUAGACUUGAUGAAAUAAAGAAUGGGUUAUAUGAGAUCCUUGAAAGAGACAGUUUACCCUUUGCUCAAAUCUGGAUUCCUUAUUCUCCAUCUGUCUCUUUAAAAGUCUUGUAUCGUGCUGCUGCCUCCAUCUAUGAACGUUCGAGUUCAAUGUAUCAUGAGUUUGAACAUGUUUCUGAGGCCUGUUUUACUGAGAGCGGUAUGGCAUUGGUCGGGAGGGCAUUUGCAUCCCAAGUUCCAUGCUUUUGCAAAGAUGUUACUCUAUUAAGCAUCAAAGAGUACCCUUUGGUGCCUAGUGCACGAAAAGUUAGAUUCACUCAGAGUCUUGCAAUUUGUUUGCAAAGUAAAUGCGCCAACAAUAGCGUUUACGUAGUUGAGUACUUUCUACCACCCAACAAAAUGUCUGCUAGAGAUACAAGGACUUGCAUAAAUAUGCUUUUAUCCACAACAAAAGAACGACUUCCAGGUUUCAUAGUUGCUCCUGGAAAAGAACUAGGGCAGAGGAUGCUCGUUGAAGUUGUUAAAGUUUCCCCGAGUGAUGAAUUUGACUCCUUUGAAAUUGGCCAAUCUCUACUGAGUGUUCAAUCACUUCAGGAUGGAGGAGGAACAACAGAAUUUGGCCAACGUCUGCUGAGUGUUCAAUCUCUUCAGGAUGGAGGAGAAACAACUGAAAUUGAUUCUUUCUGCCAACAGUCAAAUAAUGUUGUUGCUGCUGCUGCACUACUGGUUCCUUCUUGUUCAUCAGACAAGCGUGACUCACUAAACUGUGAAAGGACAGUGGAAGUUGAUCUGUUACUUCCUCAUCCAAUAGAGGAAGCUGUGACAAACAGAGGAAAAGUUAACUUGGAUGUAGCACAUGAUGACCACAUUGAGGAUACACCUGAAAUAAUGCAACUUGAUUCACACUUUGAGCAACCAAAUAUAGAAAUUAAUUCUGCGGGAAAUGCAACGACUAACAACAAUAAAAUCCAUUCGCAUAAGAAAAACACAAUACAAAGGAUAGAAAAAGAUUAUGGGAUAACUCGCAAGAUUCUGGAGCAGCAUUUUGGCAUGACUCUUCAAGAUGCUGCCAAAAAUCUACAUGUUAGUCGAGCAACACUGAAACGAAUAUGUAAAGAAUAUGAAAUCACUAGAUGGCCAAAUUACAAGACUAGAAAGGUUAAUGUCCAUGUUAGCCAAGGCGUAUCUUUUCAAGGUGCUGAACCAUAUGUGGCCGAUCAACAAUGUCCUGCUCUUUCCCAAGAAAAAGGCACAGAUUAUUUGGGUCACAAAAUAUCUCCUGCAACAGGAAAACCUUGUGAUAGUGUGAUGACAGUAAAGGUUACAUAUAGAGGUGAUAUCAUAAAGUUUCAACUCUCCCUUUCAUCAACCAGGGAAGAAUUGGAGGGGGAAGUGGAAAAGAGGCUUAAGAUAUCACUUGAAAGGUUUUCAAUCAAGUAUCAAGAUGAAGGUGACGAUUGGAUUUUGAUAACUACUGAUUCAGAUUUGAGGGAUAGGAUGAAUUCACUUAGAUUGUUGGGAAGGACUACUAUGAGAUUACUGGUUACCCCUGAAGCUGACACAUGAAGGAUUUUC